AUGGCCCAGGGCAUGCCUUAUGAAAUGAAAGGCGUGUUUGUGUUUUGCGAGAAGCAGCCAAUGGGGGCUGUGCCGACAAAGGCAGAGACCGUGGAGAACUUGUUGGACCGUGCCUUCAAGCUGGUCCCACAUGACCGAGAUGACUACCAGCUUUCCCACAUCCACGUCUUCUUCACGCCUCGGUCGUCCGACCCCACACUCUCCUUGUUGUCGCCGGGAGCAUUGACAAAGACACAAGCCAAGAGCCAGCUGCGCUUGCCUGACACUGACACAGUGACCGAGCCCAUGUCCGAGUCCAGCUCCUCGAAGCCGCAGACGAACCAGGACCAGCAGGGCGACAUCUUUUGCACGCCCCCUGUGAAGAGGAGGAAGUUCGAUGAUUUUAACUACACUGGUUCACCAGGACAUCGCAUCCUUGCCGAUCUCCGAAUAGUCCUGUCGAACAUUGUGAUUCCAAACUGGACGGCCAUCUUCAUUCUCGAGGCCAGCAAGGCUGCCCGAGACUGGUACGCAGAGACAAGGACAAGUCUGCGUGACCGACCCUCUUGUCAGAGCUACAAUCUUGGGAUGGCUAGCGGCAAGGGCAUCCUCUCGCACCUGUCCAACCUCCUGAGCCCCUUGUCCGAUCCUGUCCGACUCAGUAAAGGAGGCCUUCUGGUCGAGAACUUUAUCGGUAACGCAAUGUACGAUAAGCUCACCACUGGCUCAGCACUGGUCUUGGAGCAGGACAGCUUGGCCGAUCAGAUGUUCGACGUUUGCACGAACAUUCUGUUUUCUUGGCUGAUGUCCGAGAGCUGCCGGAUGUGGUCCUUUCCCUCUGCAUUCUUGGGCCUCAUCGAUCCAGACCCCGUGGACCGCUUCGUGAUGUCACAGUUGUUCCAUAAGCCUUUGCCGGCUUUCAAGCGGUUGCUGGCCCGAUGCUGCAUGGCAGAGACAUUGGUGGCCGAUAUUUUCGCUCACUUGGCCGAGUCCAGAUUUGAAUCGAUCAGCCAGGAGCUCCAACGUUUUUUGGGACACCUGAGUUGCAGCCUGGCGACAACAGCUUUGAACGAGGACUGCUUUCAGCGCUGCGAGGCAGCCGAGCGAAAGGUGCCCACCAGAAGGCUCUCGGGCGACGCUGCGUGGUCUGUGCCGAUCGGCAAGCGGUUGCUGUCCGAGGUGUACAGCUUCCCUGAAAUCGACAUCCCGUCUUGCCCUGCUCCAGGCAAGAAUGAAAAACUGCCUUCAUCGGUGUACCACUCCAAAAGGUUCAAAGAUCUGGUGGGCAAGGCUGGGAGCAGGCCCAAGUGGCCGACAUUCAAUGCCAACUCUUUGGCCAGCAAGGCAGAAAUCAACAUGCUCCUGACUUCAGUUUGUCCGAAUGAAACCAGGUUUUGGAGAACUUGUCUCAUCCCGCCUGGAACAUUUGUUCGCAAGAAGGCUGCCCGAGGCCAGCCUCAGGGCCGGAUCUGGUAUGUCUUUGGACAAUGCCCGGAGAAGUCAGCGGUGCUUCUGUGGCCCGUGAAUGCCCGAGGGAAGUUUUUGACCUUGGCCGAGGCCGAUGUCAAGUGGCAGCUGCAGUGGGAGACUGUGCUGAAUGUGUCCGACUGGCAGGUCGUUGAGACUCAGGUCAUCUCGCCGCUGCACUACCAUCUUGAGACAGCCACCAAGAAAAUGCUGCCCGAGCUACAAGGGAUCAUCUUGGUGCAGCAGACCGCUGUCAGCGGCUUACUGGAGCACAUAGCCCAACGAGGCUUCAGCGGUCUGCCUGUCCGACUUGUGAAGAGGAUUCGGAAGGAAAUUCUCGGCCAGAACAUCGAUGUGCCCCAGACACUUGCCGCAGAGCCAGCUGAUGACGGCGAUGGUGACGCAGGCAGGGACGAACAAGAUGCUGAAGCGGCUGAGGACCCAGAAGAGGCUACAAAUCAGCUCUGGGAUGCUGUCCGAGGAGCACUCCGAUGUUCCGAGGAGGUUGCCGCAAAUAUUUUGCAAAAGUCCCUGGCCAUCCGAAUGCCUGAGCAGCAGCACUUGGAUCUUCUGCAAAGCGAGGAAGUGCAGGAUGCCAUGAACCGAGAUGAGUGGCUGGAGACAGACAAAUUCCUGGGCCAGCUAGCGGCAGAGGAGAAGGUUCAAAGGACAAUGAAGAAAUUUGUCCGCAAAGUUCGGGAAAAGAAGGUGGCCGAUGCAAAAGCUGCCCCGAGCUCCAGCAAGAAGGCGAAGCCGGCAACGACAGCCAAGCGGCCUCCUUGCAGCAUCAGCGUGCAGCAGGAAUGGACACAGGAAGAAGCAACGAAUUUGCUGCCUCUGGGAGUGGGAGCCCGCAUUUUGCGAGACCCAUUCAAUGGCCGAUGGCGUGUGUGGUACGGCACAGGGAGUGGCCGAGAGCUCUGGAGCAAGAGCAGGAGCUGGGGUGUGGCAGGCUGGGCAUGA